AUGCGGGCAAUAACGCCGCCUCUCCUCUAUGCCACAAGGCCUUAUGUCAUCGCUAUCGCACCCGAUCUCCAAGAUAGCGUCGGCAUCGUAGAUAAUGGUGGCGCCGGUGCUGAUGAUGCGCCUCCCGCCCCGGAUAAGUCCGGCAGCGCCUCUCGCCCCCUGCACGUGCGCUCCGCGAUGCGCGCUCGUCGUGCCUGA